AUGGCAGCAGUUCAUAGCUCUGCCUUUGUGGACCCAAACCUGGGGUCCGGCCCGGAUGAUGAUGAAAUCUCAUUGUUGGACGAGUCUGACUCUGGAAGUUUGCUCUCUGAUGACUCUGUUCUCCCUGAUUAUGAACGAGAGGACAGGAAAAAGGGGACUGCCAACACACUAUAUGAGGCUUGUGUCCAAAAUGAUGCAGAGGCACUGAAGAGAGUGUUGGAACGUGGCGUGACCCGUGAUGAGGUCAUGAAUGUUGACAUUAAUGGCUGGAAUGGACUGAUGGUGGCUGCAUAUAAAGGCUUUCUUCCAAUUGUUUAUGAGCUGCACGGCUGUCCACAUCUGGACAUCAACCACCAAGAUAAUGACGGCAACACUGCUCUAAUGAUCGCUGCUCAAGCUGGUCAUGUCUCCAUAUGUAACUACAUCAUGAAUUACUUCCCUGGAGCAGAGACUGAGAUCAGAGACAACAGAGGAUUCACUGCCCUCAUUAAAGCUGCCAUACAGGGCAGGACUGAUGUGGUGGCAGCUCUUAUAAUGCACGGUGCUGACAUAAAUGCCGUAGACACCAACCGUGGUAAAUGUGCACGUGACUGGGCGCUGAAAACAGGUCGCUUUGACACACUGACACGUCUGCGCCACCUUGUACUCCAUCCCACAGCGGAACAGUUCUGUGACACCUACGUCCCAGAGUGGCCCAGCCUUAAGUUGCUGGUCAGCAAAGCAACAGCUCAAAAGAGUGCAGGCCAGAAGUUGACUCAUCAUCUCAAGAGUACGUUCGGUUUCAGUUUCCCACGUGACCCACAGGAAAAUGGUGUCAUGGAUCACAUGGUACGAAUGACCACCAGCUUACGCAGCCCGCUCAUAGCCACGGCCACACGGCCGCUUUGCCCAAGCAGCCCUCCACAGGUAGGUAAACGUCGGCUGGCUGUGGCUGAGCUGAUGCAGAAGCACUCAGAGAAAGAGCUGGAGGAGAGUUCGUUGUGCCAUCGAAACAACUCCGUCUCCUCCAUUUCUCCAUCUAUCCACUCUGUCGAGUCCGUCUCUGUGUCCUGCUGUGCCGAAACAGAGAGGCGUGGAAGUGUGCUGUCCAUUGCUCAGUCCGGUAUGCGCACCUUCAUUCCUCGUAGCGUAGCGUCAAGGCGCAACAGUGUUUUCCCCUCAGGCUGUGUCCCACAGAUCAAAGUCACAAAAUCCUCUGAGCCCACCCCAAAGAAAGAGAAGAAGAAGAAAAGACAGAAAGGUUACCUGGAGCCUCCAAAGUGGAAGUAUAAGGAGGCCAAGGAUGAGAAGAAGAAAGAGAAGAAAGCAUUGAAGGAAAAGGAAGAGAAAGAAAAGGAGAAGAAAAGCAAAGACAAGGAUAAAAGAAAAAAGAAAAAGAGUGAUGAUGACUAAGGUGGGAUUUCUGAACUCUUUUAAACUCUUUUAAAUCUCUCAGUCUCAGUGAGGGUGUAGAUGCCCUCAGUGUAAAGGUGUGUGGGGCAAUGCUUGAUGACGAAAUCAGUGAAGUAAUGCAGUGAAGAACGCAAAAGAAGAAGUGCAUUUUGAAACCUCAGUGGUGCAGUCCUGUCUCACGAAAUCACUUCCUACUGUUAUUGCCAGUUUAAAGGGGAAAUGUAUCUACGAUCAUUUCAGUCAGUCUCAUAGGAUAAAGCAAACAGUUCAAGAUAUCUGAUUGGAUGACUUACAUGUAGGAUAAUUCCUAAAUGAAUUCUGCAUUGUGUCUUUAAAUAAACCACCUACAUAAUCAGAACUGAAUAUUUCAGUUCAUUUAUUGAACAAUUUGAUUAUUCAUACAAAUAAAUUUAAAAAACAACAAAUUUACCAUAGCUUCUCCAUAAAUAUAUAUUUAAAUGCUGUGGAUUACAUAUUUGCAAAACUAUUGUAUCCCACAGCAGACAUGCAGCCACAAUUCAGCUGCUGAUAAAAUGAACAUUUAGAGGUUUUUUUUUUUAGGUUUUUUUUUACAGCAACUGCUGAACUGUUUUUUGCAGUGUAAACUCUAACAAAAUGCUAUCAUGACUGACUUGAUCAUGUAUUAUGUUUGUAAAUAUGUAUGAUCCAUUGUAAGAUGCUGUAAAUAUGAUUUAAUAAAAUAUGUAUCCUGUAGUACACAAAAAAUGUCUUAUUCGGCUUUUUGUCACACUUUCUUCCACCUUUGUAUCAUCUCUGACAGAACGGCAGGGACUGACGUGAGGCUGAACAGUCAGUAAUCUGCUCUCUCACAGUUACACAACACAGCCAUCCUGAGAGCAGCAGUAAAGCCAUGCAGGAUUAGAGAUCUAGCCGGGUCACUCAGGCCAAGCAGAGGCCUCUGGCUAAGUUUGGGAUCAUGGGCCAUGGCUUCUAAAGGACAUGCUUUGGAAUCACUUUUGUAGUGAUAAGAUCUCUUUAUCAACAAUGGGAAGAGAAAUACUGUGCACCCAGUAUUACAAAACAAAAGGACUAGAUUUGAACUAAGAGAUGAGCAGAAUGUGUGUAUGUGCAGAGGUAUACAAUUUAAAAGAAAUAUGAUGAAAUAUUCAUUUACUUUUUUAUUGUAUGGACAGAGGUAUCGACAUAAAUUAUGGUUAAUGUGGAAAUAUAAGUGAAUUGUACAAGAUUUUCUUUUUUAAAUAUCUCACUUUUUGGUGAUUUAUUUAAGCCUUUAUCAUCCAAAUGUAAAACUAAAAUAAAUAAAUAGAUUUCAUUUUAAUACAAAAAUACUCAAGAUUGAUUUUUAAAAAAAUAUUAUUUGAAAUAGAAUUAUUUGAAUACAUUACACACUGUAUAUAGUGGACUAAAAGAUAUUUUAAAUGAAAAAAAAAGUGUUACAUCCUUUUUUUGGGUCAGUAUCCUUUUUUGGGGGGUGUCAAUGAACUUCCUGUUGGUUACUUAAUGCAGAGUUUCACCAGUUGGGUAUUUCAGCUCUGCUUUGUUGUGGAUUUAAGCAGUUUUCAUUCGUACUGUGUCACAGUUUCAUUUACUUUUUCCUGUCAGAAUGUUUCUCCCCAAUAUAAGUGCGCUAGCUGUGGUGUGCUGGAUAAUGUGUGUGAGAAUCACAGUGUCCCAGGCAUCUGUUCCAGCCCCUACAUUGAAGUUCGCAAUCAGCGUAAAUGCAAAGAAUAUUGAGCUGAACACUCUAGUCGACAUUUACUGUGACACUCCUAAAGGUGCUCCGUAUCCUGUAAAUGUGUUUGUGGGCAAGCUGGAAAGCCCCUCACAGACCCCAGAGACCACAGAAGCCUGGGUGACCUCUGACGUCGUCCAUUAUGUGAAAUCAGUGGGUUUCAUAAUCCCUGCAAUAGCCAAGUAUGAAGGGAAAAUUGUGUGCUGGUACCAGUCCACUCGGACUGAACUGAAGAAUUCUUAUUCUGAAUUCAGUAAUCCUGUUACGUUAGUCGUAUCUGCCCUCCCUGCUCCCAAAGUGUCUUUGCACCCCAAUCUCUUUCCUGUGGGUGGGAAUUACUCUGUGUACUGUAAUUCAAACGCUGGCCCAGUCACAAACUUCACAUUAAGUCUGUAUCGCCGCAUCCUCUCUGUCACACCCGAAACCAACUGGACCAUCGUUGGUUCAUUGUUUCUCACAGAUAACCCUAAUAUCGUUUUAAGAGGGACGAAUGCAGUCAUCCCAGAAGAGUUUGCCUGCGAUAUGGAGAUGUUGUACAAUGGAAAAUUCAUGAGUUCACCUAAGUCUAAUAUUGUGAAAGCCAUCCCAGAAGAGCUUCCGGUUCACCUCUGGGAGCAAGAAUCAGAAAACCCCUGUCUGGGGUACCUGGAUGUCAAGUUCAGAGGCCAGUGGCAACCUGUUUGUCAGAAGGAAGUUGAUACCGAAGCCGAUGCAUCUGCUGCUAUUGCUACGGCUAAAGUGGUAUGCAGGGAACUGGGAUGUGGGAGUGUGCUGGAGUGGAAGAGGAUUUUGGACAACAACCGGCCAUUUUCAUUCGCAGUUGGGGGUAUCAGAUGCAGUGGGAAAGAAGAAAAGACCAGAGAUUGCCCAAUGGGUGAUUUUGAAUUGUGCGAUAAGAGAGGCAUUCUCUACAUAAUUUGUUCAGAUGCAUUGCCCGUUCCUAAACUGUCUGUGAUGACUUAUGGCCCUGUCUCCAAAUUGUAUGUCAAGGACAAAGAAAAUGUGAAAAUCACCUGCUCCGUUAACUCAACUUAUUUAAAACGCGACUAUGGGAACUUCAUUUUUAGAAAGGAUGGUACUGUUUUGAGAGAAAUGUACAUAAGUCCACUCACCUCUGUGUCUAACACAGAGUCUGACAAAGUGGCUGGAGAAUAUGAAUGUGCAUACCAACUUUAUUCUUCAAAAAUUAGACCGUUGUCUCAGCCCAGCAAUACAGUCUUCAUUUACAUAUACAACCCUCCGGAUCCGGUACCAAUUGUAGUAGGUGUUCUUACAACUGUUACUGGAAUAGCACUUAUGACGUAUAUUUGUGUGUAUAGAACCGCAACAGAAGAGGUACAGGGCCAUGAAUAUCCAGCACAUUCCCAGGACCCAGCAACAAAUACUGAAAACCCAGAUCACAAUGUCUACAUACCACAGCAACUGUAGGCCAAAGAAAAAUCAUUAAUACCUUAAAACUGGUUUAACUUCACUAUGGAAAUUUACAUUUUACAUGAUAUAUGAAAUUUAAUGAAUGUUGAAAAACGUUGAGAUUAAUUUCGCAAAACAUUUGUACAAAGGGCUCCUGAAAAGGUUAGUUAACCGUCUCAUGCAUGAAUUAUAAAAACCUCAGUCAGGAUUUUUGUUGUUGUUGCUUUUAUUGCUCUUAGGGCAUGAAAAACAACAAGUUUUUAAAAACAUUUUUCAAAGAGAUUUUCAGAUGUCCACAGUAUGCGUUUUUGUUUUUAUCUGAAGAGAUAGUGUAUUAAACAUAAUACAGUAAUAACACAGUAAUACUGUGUAUUUAACAAGCCAACAAAUAAAAUUAUAUAAAAUCAUGUGAAAAAUAUAAUACAGCUUAAAUUAUUGCAAACAGUUUGUUCCCAUUCGACCAGCAAAUGAAGAACUUCAUACAAGUUGAACUUUGCGUGUGUUUGAUAUCAGAACAUAAGGAUGUGAUUCCUUCAAAGAUCUCUACAACCGGUGAAGGUACAACUGUGGAAACUCAAAUCAGGCUAUGUAGAAAAUGCUCACGCUCCCUGCAAUCAGAGUACAUCAAUUUACCCUUAUUAGCUGAUAAUUCUAAUUAUGUUUUAAAAUCGACAAAUUUCUACUGUAGCUCUCCUCUCUGAGAAAACCUGAGACUAAAAUCUACAUUGAUCUAUUGAUGUUUUCAGACGGAAAAACUAGCAAUCAGGUGUUUUCAAUCUCAUCUGAAAUGUGCAGAGUUGAGGGUAAUGCAUUACAAUUAACAUGCAUUAUGCAGUCAGAUUACUUUUCUGAUGAACGAGCAAAGUGACGCAUUACAAGUAAGGUGCAUCACAUAAUCAGAAUACUUUUUUCAUGUAACUGCAAAUUACAUUCUAAUAACAAAAAUACAUUUAUUUACAGCCAAAAAAAGUUACUGCAGCUUAAAGGGUUCAUCCAAAAAUGAAAAUAAUGUCAUUAAUUACUCACCCUCAUGUCGUUCCACAGGGCGAUUUCAAAACACUGCUUCGUGAAGCUUCAAAGUUUUACGAAUCUUUUGUUUCGAAACAGUGGUUCGGAGCAUGUAUCAAACUGCCAAAGUCACACCCCCCAUUGGUGAACCAUUGAAAUUUCGAAACACUUAUGAUGUAACAAAGCCUCGUUUACUGAAAUCACGUGACUUUGGCAGUUUUAUACACGCUCUGAACCACUGAUUCGAAACAAAAGAUUCGUAAAGCUUCAAAGCUUCAUGAAGUUGAAAUCGCCCAUCACUAGAUAUUGUUGAAUAAAGUCGUUAUUUAGUUUUUUUUUUGGUGCACAAAAAGUAUUCCCGUCACUUCAUAUCAUUAAGGUUGAACCACUGUAGUAGCUUUCUGGGCUAAUUAUCUUGCUGGCAAUGCAGGCCUCACUGAGCCAUUGGAUUUUAUGAAAAAUAUCUUAAUUUGUGUUCUGAACGAACAACAUGAGGGUGAGUAAUUAAUGACAGAAUUUUCAUUUUUGGGUGAACUAACCCUUUAAGUAUUUUCAAGAACAACGGUAACAGUAAUAGUAUGAAUGAAACAUAGCUAGUGAUGCAUGAUGUCCAAUUCAGUGUGAUGAUAGAUGAUUAAUCAAAAUUUCCUCCCAAUCUAAAAUAAUACUUGGAAAAUGUAGCAAUGAUAUGACUCCUUAAAUGUUAUUUGAUGUUACAACUUUUUUUUUUUUUUUUUUUUUUUUUGUGUGUGUGGCUGUCAACCAUCUUGGUUUGUAGAAAAAAAAAAUCCACAAUCAACAGCUUGCCACUUGGUGGCAGUGUAUAGGAUAAUAAACUAGUGUCCACUGUUGUGUUUUUUUUUUUUUUAACAAGACAAAUAUAAGACAUUGUAAUACAUAUCAGAGCACAUAAACAAAGAGUAACAACAACAAAAAAAAUAAAUAAUAAUAAAAGAAAAUAGGAUAAAAAGUGCUACAUAUUAUUAGGGCAGUUACAUGAAUUUGAAAAGCUUUAGAAUUUGUAUUGUUUUUAUAAGCUUUUUGUUUUGUGAUCUCAUGUUCGAAAGUUUCAAAAUAUAUUGUGAAAUUGGUGUUAAAAGAAACCCUCAUAUAUUACCUUUUUGAGUUAUUUUUGUCUUAUGAAUAUAAAACUUUGCCAAAAUAAUUAAAAAAUAUGGGUUUUGAAAACAAAGUAAAAUGUCAUGGGGUUCUAAUGUUGUGGUUGAUGUGUAACUAUGCCAUCAAAACCUAUGCAUAUGCAAGAAAAUGGCUUUUGGAAUAGCUGUCCUCUGUAGUGACCUCUCUGCAUGAAAGGGUUAAAAGAGAAUAUUUAAGACAUCAACAUCUGGCUUCAUAAAGGAAAGUGGGACAAAGUUAAUGUAGCUAAAAUUAUAUCUUGAAAAAUUAACUAACCUAUAGACCUUAUGUAGCCCCGCCCCUUUUCAGCGCUGCGCUCGUUGUCUUUUGACUACCGGUUUGUAUUUCCACAGCGAUCUUACGUAUUUAUGAAUGAACUGCUCUUUUUAAAAACUUCUGGGUCUACUGACAUUUGAUAAGACAUCUGCUUUAAACAUUACAAUGCUCACGAUAACUUUAAUUAACUCUACAACAAGUAAAUCAACCUCACCAGCUAAUUAUUCUUCAACAGCGAUGCCAUAGAAAUAUACAGAGCUACCGCAAAAACGAAAGUUCAAAGACAAUAUUAUAAAGAUGGCGGCGCUUGUUUCUCUGGCACAUAAGGUCUAUAGAGUUUUAAGAUGAUUAUGAAUUAGAGAGUCUGUAUGGUUGCAAUAAGUUCUUUGCAAGAUUUUAAUGAAUACUAAUUGGGGGAGAUGAUAAAGUGAAGUGUCAUCAUCACAGUUUAAGGCCAACAUAAGUGGAUAUAUAUCCGUUAAAAUAUCUUUUUCUAUUUAUAGUUUCUUAGUGGUUCCAUUGUCUAAUUUUAAGCCAUAUGCAGCUAUUUGAUGUUGAAACUGUCCAUAAUUGAAAAUAUUUCAAGGGACCCAAACAACAAAAGCAAAGAAAGACAAAGCAAGGCAAAAGUUGUGGUCUCAGAUUUAUUGUAUUCAGAUUUUAAGUUGGUGUCAAGUCAAUCAAUACAAAAUAAAUCUGGUUGAACAUGA